AUGUGGACAGCGAGUGAGCAGCUGGCCCAGUACCAGCCGGCUGUGGUCUGGUUGCUGUAUGUCUGCGGCAUGCUCGUCAUUCCGCUCCACGUGUGGUACCCGUGGCUGGCAGAGCAUGUCCAGCGCGGGUACGACGGACCGCCGUGGUUUGCCAUUGCCCUCGUCGCCCUCUGGCUCCCCGCCAUUGUCUCGCUGGUGGCCAUGCGCGCAGUAUGCAUCGGUCACGCAAACCGCAAGGCCUUUGCGCAGAUGCUGGUGUGGAUGCUGGCUGCCAUCUCCAUCCUUGUCGCCGUCUCGUGGCUCCGCGUCUACACUUGGCUCAUUGUCCGCCUAGGCGACUACCGUGAUGCCCCGGCCUGGCACCGCGCCGUCGACUUGCGGAUUCUGCCAUCACAGACCGGCUCGGCCGAGCUGGCUCUCCUUGCGCUCGCCGCCACCGUCUACCCGCUGGCCGCGCUUGGCAUCGCCUUGCUCCUCACCGCCCAGCUCCGCAACAUGUGGCGGGGCGUGACUCAGAUCGAGUCGUGGGAGCUGGCUGCAGCCACUGAGGCUGCCGCAGCCAUGCCGGGCUGCCCUACGCCUUACUUUCCUUACGCUGCGCCGUCGGGCAUGGCCAAUCUGCGCGCCGUGCUUGGCCCGCUCCCGCUCUUCUUCCCCAUCCAUCUCUCGGCCCCAGUCUACGGCUCUGGCGUCGUCUUUACCAAGCAUCCGCCACCAUCGCCCACACACGCCGACAUGUACACCAUGUAG